AUGUCACGGCAGGAAGGGAUUGGAAGCCUGUGGCGCGGGUCGGCGAUGGCGGUGAACAGGGCAAUGCUGGUGACGGCGUCGCAAUUGGCGUCGUACGACCAGUUCAAGGAGACGAUUCUGGAGAAAGGGGUGAUGGGCGACGGGCUGGGGACCCACGUGACGGCGAGCUUCGUGGCGGGGUUCGUGGCGGCGGUGGUUUCGAACCCGGUGGAUGUGAUCAAGAAUCCCACUCCCCUGGGGCCAUUACAACUUCAACUUGUUCAGAUUAGUGUGGAGGACCAUCUUCGUCAUUACCACAAUUCUAAUCUCCAUGUUGCUCCCGUACUUCAACGACAUCGUGGGUCUUUUGCGGUCGGUGGGGUUCUGGCCGAUGACCGUUUACUUCCCGGUGGAGAUGUACAUUGGUAUGUUUUUUUUUUAAAUGGUAGUCAUUUUUUUCCCCGUAGUGGUAGUGUUAUUGUCGUAUUGGUAUUGUUUUUGUUUCAUUGGUAUUGA